CGGGCGCGUGCGCGGGCGGCGGAGUCGGUGGAGUCGGACGGCGCCUGCGCGGGGCCCGGCUGGAGGCCGGCGUGGAGGCGGCGGCCAGAAGUGCAAACAUGGCCAUCGACUGGAUUGGAUUUGGAUACGCUGGGAUGGUGGCUUUUGGAGGCAUCUUGGGUUACAGUCGCAAAGGUAGUAUAGUAUCUUUGAUUGCUGGACUUUUCUUUGGCUCGAUGGCUACCUAUGGAGCUUUCUGUGUCUCUCGUGACACCCGGGAUGUAAAGGUAUCAUUGCUUACGGCUUUCGUCCUGGCUACAAUAAUGGGCGUGCGGUUCAAGAGAUCCAAGAAACUCAUGCCAGCCGGAAUUGUCUCUGGGCUCAGCCUCUUGAUGAUUUUGAGACUCGUUUUUAUGCUGCUGUAAGAAUCCAAAGCAACUGAGGAUUGAGUUCGUAUCAUUCCAUUGCAACAGGCAAACCCGGCUUAGUACUUGAAAGAUAAGUUUCACCGAAAAAGGUUGCUUGUCUAUUUCUGUGUAAAAAUGAACAUUCACGUCUGUAUCUAAAAGUGCACUAGAAUUAGCCCAGGCCUUUUUU